AUGGCUCUGCCUCGAGCCAAAAAGCGCUCGGCCACUGUCUUCUCUCGUGAUGAAAUCGGCGUCGAGCAGCUGCAGUCGCUCAAGGAAAAGUUUGCGGAUGGAGACUUGAACGAGAAAGAGUUCGUGAGUCUGUUCCGCGAGAUCGUCGACGCCUCACUCAGCGAGACUCAACUCACAGAAUUAUUCCAGAAAAUCGAUGCAAAUUCCGAUGGAACGGUGGACUGGGAUGAACUCACCAACUACAUGUUCCUCAGCGGCAGUGGCAGUGACGAAUACACUGGCGACGAUGGAAAUUCCUGCUACGACACUGCGUACCCUGAGAAAUACGCAGGCGAUAGUGGCAAUGGCUCUGGAGGCACGGGGUCUUCCAUUGCGACGGACAUUAUGGGCAACGUCACAGGAGGAAGUGGCGGCUUCCUCAGUCUAGGCUUGUUGCCUCAUCAUAAGGACGUGAUCACUCGAAUAGUGCGCUUAGAACGACCCAGCGUCUACCUCACGACCAGUAAAGACGGCAGUGUGCGAACGUGGAGUGCCAAUACUCUGGCUCCCCAGCAAGUCUUAGCUUCCGGUCGUGACUGGCUCACAGACUGCUGCAUCAUGAAGCGCUCGAAUCGUCUGGCAGUGUCGUCUAUGAAUCGCACCUUGGGUUUCUACGACUUGAACUCUGGCCAACUCAUCGGUGACCUUGUGGACUAUUCAAGACGCCAGUGCAUCCCGUUGUGUCUCGCGUACGUUGAAAGACCCUCGGACGAUCGGGAAGCCAUUGUGAUCGGAGACGACACUGGCGGCAUUUCGAUCUUUACGUGCUCGAAUCAGUGGCUAUCGUGUGAUGGCCGCUCCCCUCCCCCUGGCGCUACUACCGCAGCGAACUCUACCAACGCUACACCGACGAGCAACUCCAGUUCUGUUGGAGGAAAUCCUGCGGGUAGUGCGAUGCUGGAAGCUCAGGGCUUUUCGUCGCGUGUCAAGUUCCAGAAGCACACGGACUGGAUCACUCGAGUUAAGUGGGUCAACGACAUGCGCGCUGUAGUGGCGACGUCGCUGGACGCCACCGUGUCGAUCUUGGAUGUCGAUCGACUGGUGGUCAAGUUCGAGUACACUCGACAUCGCAAGGGAGUGUUCGACUUGGCCUGGUGUGCGAGUACUCGUCUGAUUGCUAGCUGCGGGAUGGAACGAGACAUCCACAUCUGGAACCCGUACAGCUCUCAGCGCGCUGUCGCCACUCUUAAAGGCCACACAAGCUCCGUGCUGCAUCUCGUGAGUGACGACGAGAACUUCCAGAUCGUGUCGGCGGCUGCAGAUAACACGGUGAAAGUUUGGGAUGUUAGAAACCAUCGCUGUCUCCAGACAUUCAUCGUAGACCGUCACAGAGGAGGCCACGCGACUAGUGCUAACCGCGUGUCUGCGCUGCUGUUUGACGGUAAGAAGCCGUGUCUUAUGACGGCGACGACGCAGCUCACUCGAUGGACUGUGAAGAAGGCUAAACUACGCGGUGGUACUUCCGUGGAACGUCCUGUGCGUCUGGCCUGCUACAACAGCGUGUUUCAUCAGGUAGUGACGGCUGCGAUGGACGCGGAGUCUGCCAUUAAGACCUGGAGCGCAGAAACCGGAGAAGAAAUCUCAAGCUUCGCACGUCCGCACGGCUCCAAUCCAGUGACCAGUAUCGCCUUCGACCAUGCGGGACGACGUCUCCUUACCGGUUCACACGACGGCGAGCAACUCAAGAUGUGGAAUUUCAGCAACGGCGCAUUGGUGAAGCAAUUCCACAAGAAAGAACCCCAAGUCGUGAGCUCUUUAUUGUUCACGACUACACCUGCCACAGCUGGAACAGUUGCCAGCACUGCGCCGCUACCUGACGAUCCGUCUGGAAGCUCUGACGAAGCUGCUGCGAUGACCAAUGCGCCUCGAAAGCGCAAGCCACGGGACAUUAUGCUGCUGCCAGCAUCCUUCGGGAUGGACCACGAAGGUCGACGAGGCAACUCUGCGUUGAUGGCGCAGACGGAACUGCCGUCUCCGACACGAGUGCGUCUCCAGCAAGGCCAAGAGCAUCCGACACCAGUCCCUCCACUCAACUCAACGCCUCGAGCUCAACCUGGAGACACUGCGUCAAGUCCCAGACCUCCACGAACCACUCGAGAGCCCGAGACGUCUCGCUAUCGACAACACGAAGUGACCAGCAUCAUGGACAUCGAACGCAACUUGCGUGUAGGUAUGGGGGACUUUAUCUGCCAGAGAUUCGUGUGCUGCGUAGGCUGGGACCGUCAGCUCUUCGUCUGGGCUGACAAAAACGACGAGUCCGAGUCUUUACCAGUGCACAUUCUACCUCCAGAUAGCGACGACGACGACAGCGAGGAGUUAGAAUACGCAAGACGCGGCAGACGACGUCGUAGACGACAGCAUCACACGAUGGAUGUGCUCGCGUUGGCGUACGUGCCUCCUGCUUACGUGGCUACAGCUGGACUGGAUGGUUUGGUGUUGCUGUGGUCUCUCAAUUCUGGGGAGUUGGUAGCUCCACUUCACCAGAAUGCGGGACCAAUCGAGUCGCUUUAUUACGCUGAGAAGCUCGAGCUCCUGUUUGCUGCUGGAGAGCGAGGCGUCUUGCUGUGUUUCGACCGAUCCAUGGCCACUCAAGCUGAAAUCCCACUGGAUGUAUCAAAGGAGUCUUCGGAGUCUGUCACUGCACUGCGGUGCGAUAAAGCCAACACGCAUCUCGUCUCGGGCGACGCUGCAGGUUGCGUCAAAGUGUGGGAGCUUCGCAUCGCGCCAAGUCACGAAGGAGUGGAACUCGCGUUGGUUUGUACGUGGCGUCUUGGCUGCACUCAAACAGGCGCAAUGAGCUCCCUAUCAGCGCCAAGUCGUCGCGUUCUCUGUGCGGAUUUCGUCGAGAAUUUAGCUCGCGUCCCCGAACUCUUCUUGGUCUUCUCGUGUGCCGAUGGAGAGAUCAGUUUGUGGACAUUAGACGGCGUAAAAGUGGGCAGCUUUGGAGGACGACAUCGUACGUGGCAACUGGGCCGACCAGCAACUUAUGCGUUUUCACAGUCCUGCUGCGACUGGGGAUGGCUACCUCGACGAACUGCUAUGGACGACACAACAGCCAACACCCUGCAGCCUCCUACGUCUGUCUUCAUCAAGAACUGCGCGAUCAGUGCACUCAACUGCUCAAUCUCCGAACCUCGCGAGAAUUUCUUACUGGAAGACACAAUGCCGAAACCUGGAGAGGUCUGGAUGUGCGUCUCCGGCCACCGCUCACGAGCUGCAGCGCAGAACGCAGCCAAGAAGCAGGAGGAUCUGGAGGAGGAGGAUAGUUCUCUUCGUAUUGGCAGGAAGAGUGUGGCACUUUCCACUGUGGGUAACGCCGCCAUUCUCAGUCGACGCAGCAGCCCAUUUGGAUGCACUAACAACGUUGAGUCUCGGAGUCUGGCCACGACUUUACACCUCAAGAGGAAAAUCGCAGACGUCAACGGAGAACUGACCGAUCUCAUCACAAUUGUCAAGGUCACGCGUGGCGAGAUUUUCUAUUGGGACAGCGCAACCCACAAGCCGCUUAGUGCGCUGAAAGCAUUGAGCAUGAGCGACUUUGUACGUAAGGCUGGCUGGACCAAGCACGCUCUUCUCUCGCACUUCAUCGGACGCACAUUUCUGUAA